AUGCAUUCAACGCUCCUCUUGAUCGUAGAAAAGGCGCGAAAAUUCCAAAGUCACAUCAUCCCUGCACUCUACGUCUUCUUUGCGCAGAUAGCCUUCUCGCACGCCCCAGUCCAACACCAGCUUCUCGUAGCCGCCGUUUCGUGGGGGAUUGUUUUUCUGUGUACGCUUCUAUGGGCGGGAAUCUCGUUAGGAGGUGAGAGGGAUAGAACCUCAGCAUGGCUGGCCGGAGGCUUUCUGGCAUUGGCGCAGAUUUGUGAAAGCGCCGCCUGUGACAAGGAAGGGAUAUGGUCGACAAAGGGUCUACUCCCCUUGCUUGUCACCGUACUCUCAGAGAACGAAUUGCUCUCGAAGCUUACGAUCCUGCUAAAGCAUGAGUCUCCCCUCAACCCCCCUUUCCCAGAACAGAAGAGGUUCUCGAGAUCAUUUCUGGUCCUGAGUUCCGCCACCAUUUCCGCGAGUGUCGUCUUGUCAACACUUUUCACCAUCCCUUCUACCUUUGGUCUCGGUAUAAGCAGUGUAAUCUUCACCGGGACCGGUCUGGUAUUGUUCUGUAGCUCGCUGAAAUCGACAAGUGGUGAUAUGGGAGACGUUGCAAACAAUGACGCCAGCUCACCUCCUUUAAACGGUAGACGGCAAUGGACACAGGGUAUUGUUGUCCUUCGAGAUGUUGCAGCGAUUCUAGCUGUGGCAUGUGGAAUAGGCGCGUGCGUCUUCGAGCCUCGUAUAAGUUCCCAACUCGUUGCGGGGGAACCCGAGAUUCGUGGAAUACCACGAGAACUGGGCGGUUGGGGGAUGCUGCAUUACCAUGGGACGAUACAGCAAGUUUUUUCCAUGAUCUUCGUGAACAUCAUUGUCCACGUAUUGACCUUUGUUAUGAUCAGCCGGGAAGGCCCAGUGUAUACCUCAUUCCUUUCUGUGUGCUCGUACGUAGGUGCCAGGUUGAGUCUCGCAGCUUCGAUUUCUGAUCUAUGGUUUACCAUUCUUUACGUCUCGUCCUUUAUCGCUUUGACCAGUACUUCGCCGGUUUCCGCUUCAACGGUCGAUAUUCGGACUUCUGUCCGCUUUAAACGAUUAAUUUUUGCGACCACAAUCUUAUCCGUAGGCAUUAUAUCUGUGCGGCGUGCAUUCAGUACAUCCCGCCUUAUAGUCUCGACUACAGCAGAUAGCCAAUUUCCAUUCGGCGCGGUGCCACCCCAUGAUCCCCUGCAGCCCAUACCCAUGGAUUGGACAAAGGGUCAUGGUGCUUCGCAGUUGAUUGGAAAUGCCGAACAGGAGUUCAACAAGCUUAUUGAUGCACAAUCCAAAUCGCUAGGUGACGCUGUGCAGAAAUAUCGUUUGCGAAAUAGCAUUGCACCUCCACCGCAUUUUGACAAAUGGUAUGAAUUUGCCACGCAGAACGAGGUGGUGCUGAUUGACGAAUUCGACACCAUCACUCAAUCCAUGCUUCCUUUCUGGGCCGUCAAACCUUCUACCAUUCGCGCGCGUAUCAAAUACGCGCUAGGUCACGAAGACAGUGCAUUACUAGGGGUUAUGAUAAGAGGCGGUGCAGUAGUCAAAGUCGAGGGCGGUCCUAGCUGGCAGCAGGAGGCAACAGUGGCAAUGUUGGACAGCUUCGUCAAAUAUCUCCCGGACAUGGAUCUUGGUUUCAAUAUACACGACGAACCGCGAGUUGUGGUACCCAACGAUCAGUUAUCUGCCAUGGUAGCGACGGCUCGAGACUUAGUUCUGCCUGCGGUCGGCAAAAAUACAUCACCUAGGAAUUCCUUCUCAGCGCGUCCGUCCGAUGUCAACGACGGCGAACGUUUCGAAGAGUCUAGCAGCACCCGCUUCAAUCGUUUGACUCAACAGCCGACAUGGACUCAUGCCCGUUUAUCUUGUCCCGCAAACACCCAGUCGCAACAGUUUGAGGACCAGGUCCCAGACAAUAUGACAGCUUACGCGGCAGGUGACCUGGGAUACGUAUACAACCAAACGGCAUUUUCCGACAUCUGCAAUUCUCCUUCGCUCUCCUCAACAUUUGGUCUUUUUGAAAGGCCAAAUGCCUUCGUCAUCAGUCACGAGCUCACACCAAUCUUCUCCCAAUCCAAGGUUUCCAGUUUCCAGGAUAUUAUCUUCCCGAGUCCAUGGUACUACGUCGGUAAGGUAGAUUACGAUGAAGCCCGAGACACCACAUGGGAGAACAAGACGAAUAGCAUCUACUGGCGUGGGUCUACCACGGGAGGAUUCAGCCAGAAUGGAGGCUGGAGACAUCAACAUCGUCAACGUGUGGUGCGUCGCCUCAAUGCACCAGACAAAGCCAAAAUACUCGUACCUGAUCUAUCCGACACGCCAUCCAAAUCCGCAUACACCAUGCAGACUGUGGAGCGACGUGACUACGAUUCAUUAGUAGACGUCAAAUUCUCCCACAUUGGACAGUGCGACCCAGACGACUGCGAUGCGCAAACCGAGUUCUUCCAACCGACAGAGCUAGUCGACGGUCAGGACGCAUGGCAUUUCAAGCACCUGCUCGACAUGGACGGCAACGCAUUCUCGGGGCGCUUCUACAGUUUCCUGAAAAGCAAGAGCUUGGUAUACAAAAUGGCCGUUUUCCGGGAAUGGCAUCACGAGUGGCUCAAGCCGUGGGUGCAUUACAUACCACUUAGCUUGCAUGGCGAUGAGCAUCUAGAUCUGGUGCAGUGGUUUGCUGGCGGUGCAGCCGAGAACAAAGGCGGCAAUGGGGACAGUGAAGGGGAGCGCAAAGCAAGGGAGAUUGCGGACCGGAGUCGGGAGUGGGCAGGCAAAGUGCUACGCAAUGUGGAUCUCGAGGCUUGGUUUUUUAGACUUUUGCUUGAAUAUGGACGUAUCAUUGAUGACGACAGAGAGCACAUUGGAUAUCCUGGACCUUGAGAAUCAGAUGAAGCCUGUAUUUGAAAAAACAUAAAACAAUAACAACAAACUUGAGACUUUUGAUCGGCGUGCGAUAUCUAACCUCUUCCCGCCUCCAAUAAUCUGACAUAGAAAGUUAUAGUGACGCGCGCGCCAAAAUUCGCGUUGUCAUGUCCUAAUCGUGGCAACCGAUCGUUUUUGUUUUCUUUUCCCUCUUUCCCUUCGUCUCUCUCUCUCUCUCUCUCUCUCGGGUGAUGGUGGUCAAGU